AUGGACCCCAACAUCGAGAGUUUGUACUUAAAGUACGUCAGCCUCCUUCCAGGAGCCCAAAGUGAGAGUGAUGGGUCGGAGCGCGACGCCCUUACGGCCAUUGACCCGGCCGGAUUCCUGAUACGGCACCCUCCAAAGCCACAUGAGCUGGAUGCCGAACUUACAGAUGAUUCUCAACUUUUCCAAACCAUCCACAUGGGUGCUGCGGUUGUAGACGAGAACAAGUGGAAACUGGUGAUAGAUGGCCUGGUUGAACGACCGUUCUCCGUCUCUUUCGCACAGCUGAAAAGCAUGCCCUGUUCGACCAUAACUGCUUUCCAUGAAUGCUAUGGAAGUCCCAUCGCGCCCCCGGUCCACGCGUUGUGGAGGAUUGGGAACAUCAAAUGGACUGGCGUCAGGCUUGCGGACAUGCUCGAACUGGCCAAACCAAAGCUAGAGGCAAGAUAUGUCUGGUCGCAAGGACUGGAGUCAGGUUCAUUUGCGGGUGUUUCGGCUGACCGAUAUGAAAAAGACCUCCCUUUGGAGAAGGCGCUGAGCUCCGAGGUUUUGAUUGCCUAUGAAAUGAAUGGCGAACCACUGAGCAAAAAUCGAGGCGGUCCGGUAAGAAUGGUUGUGCCUGGAUACUUUGGUACCAAUAGCACGAAGUGGCUUUGUCGGCUCUCGCUGCAAGAUCGCCGCGCCAUCGGACCCUUCACCACGAUAUUUUACAAUGAGAUCGACCCGACUGACCCUGGUGGGCAGAGAACGAGGCCUGUGUGGAUGGUCGAGCCUAAUUCCAUGAUUGUUAGGCCAGAGCCGGAAUCAUUGUUGCAAGGACCAGAUGUUGAGAUCCGAGGGCGCGCUUGGGGCUGCGAGGAAAUCAGUCAGGUCGAUGUCAGCAUCGACGGCGGUGAAUGUUGGCUGCCUCGAUCGGGUGUUUCAUUGAGAGCACGGAGUGAAUUUGAAUGGCAGAAAUCCACGGAAUUGGAGGAAGAAAUAAACAAGCUCAAGCGCCAAUUAUCGGUCUAUGAAGACAAUGUUCUUACAAACUUGGCAGCUCCUUCCGUUCCAGAUCGUGUAGUACCAUCCCUCGUUGAAGAUGGUGGUCCUCAGGAUGAUAACGACCGAUGUAUGAACGAGGACUCCAGAGACUUGUCAGACCCAUUAAAGAACCGGAUUUUCUCAACUACGGUUCCUGUUGGGAUGUCACCAGACUCUCCCAAUGGAGCGUGCCUGCCAGGAGCAACCACAAUUCCGAAAGGCAGUCUACUUGACACCCGUUCUACCAGCAAGGGUAGAGUGAUUUCGUCACGGAAUUUACGCGACAUUGAACUGUCAAAGGAGGUGAUCAAUGAGCUAUUCCGCAUAUAUUUCUCGCAUUACCAUGCAUAUCUACCGUUUCUCGACCCGGGAAUUUCUCCUGCCCAAUACUGCGACAGUUCGACUCUGCUUUUCUGGUCCAUCAUUUCCGUUGCAUCUCGUCGAUAUCAAGCAGACCCCACUCUUUUGACAAGGCUCGCAAGAGCAGUUACAGAUCUUUUGUGGAAAUCCCUGCAAACAGAACCACAUUCCUUGGGUGUCAUUCAGAGCUUGGUUCUUCUAUGCACAUGGCCCUUUCCAACGAGCAGCAGUACAACUGACCCAACUUACACGCUCUCUGGGAUGAUAAUACAACUUAGCAUUCAGAUGGGCCUUCAUCGUCCCAGAAGUCCGCUUGAUUUUACCAAAUUCCGCGUUAACCUCAGUCCCCAUGAUGUCGAAGACCGGCGGAGGACAUGGAUUGCUAGCAACAUCGUGACGCAGAGCAUAAGCUUCGGUGUUGGACUUCCAACUCCAGCGCAACUAUGUGACUGGUCCAUUGUUGCGGCGUCGCUUGAGGGUCCUCGGAUAGAUGAAGAUUUGCAUGCUCAUCUGAGAUGUGCUUCGACGUGCAACAGAAUAUCCCAAGCUCUCGCUUCAAACGCUUCAGACCCUAUGGGGCUUUUGCCAACUCGCGAGAGGCUCCCUCUCUACACGAUUUUGAACCAGGAGAUUAUCGACCUGGAAAUUAGCAGGGUCUGGACCCCAGCCACUACCGCGUUCUAUUUCCAUGUUGUCAAGCUUCAUCUCCAUGCAUUCUAUCUUUUCGACGAACCGACAGCUUUGGGCUAUCUGGAGCGUAUCGUAGCGCUCUAUUCGACCGCUACAUCCGUCAUCGAACACGUUCGAAACCUGGACAGCCGGUCUCAAGAUUUUUUGCGCUUCUGUCCACUGUUCUGUUACGAAGCCUUCCUGUGCGCGGUCUUCAUUCUGCUCAAAGUUGUGAAGAACGAUUAUUUUGCUGCAAUUAUUGACGCAGAUUCGGGCAAAGGGCUCAUCAACUUCUCUGUCUCGGCGCUGAGGAAAAUCUCAGUGGUCAAUAAUGACUUACCAGGGAGACUCAGUGAUGUGAUCGCCUACCUCUGGACACAUCCUAAUCCAUCUCUCAUGGGCGGUAUUGGGAUGGACGGACUUCAACUGAAGGUCAGGAGUCGAAUGAGUAUGAGCAUUGUGUAUGACUCACUGUGGAGAUGGCGGGAGCAGUUUCGUACCGAAGCUGAAAGCGCUGAUCCGCAAGGCCUCAACAAUGGUAAUACGCCUCCUGUUGAUGCAGGAAAUAGAAAGCUCAUUUCGAACAGAUGCACCUGCGACCAGCGGCGUUAA